GAAAAUGUUUCAAUGCAUGCAUGCUUGCAUCUCAGCUAGCUGUCUUGUAGUUCAAGGGAAAUUUUCGUUUGUGAGUAUGCUGUAAGAAAACAGUGUAACCCGGAUGCAGAGAAAGAAUUACGGAUUGUGCCGAGGAGUUCUUGUACUGUCUUCGCCUCCAAGUCAAUGUACUCGGGAGGUCCCUGCGCUGCUAAUGUCACCAUCUGUUUGUGAAGGAAAUUGAACAAACAAUGGAAUUUUCACAUCAGGAUAUUGACGAAUUGACGCUGCUGGUCUCUGACCCUGGAAUGGUUGGUGGCAGUGCACCUUCUGAUCUAUUAGCAAGUCUCCAGCCAGAAGCAGACUUGACCAAGUUAUUAGGUGCAUCGGGUAAUACAACAGGCAGCCAUAUAGCAGCCGCUCCUGCUCCUGCUGCUGCUGCUGCUGCUGCUGCUGCUGCUUCUAAUGUUGCACUGAGUGCUGUGCCUUUGGCAACGCGGCAGCCAUCAGCAGCGCUGGAUGAGUUAGUUCUGAGUGCGCUGUUGUCCAGUCAGGAUACGAGUACACCCGCUGAAACAUCUGCACUGUCCAUGGACGAGCUGUUGAGUAUGUCACUGGAGAGACAGCAUCCGAUAGCGGCACAUGACGGUGAUGGAUUUGGUGCAGAGUCACUGCAAGCCAGUGGCAGCAACUCGCUGGCAUCGUUGGAUCUAGCCAUGCUGUGCCGUGGUGAUGACGAUGGAGGUGGCGCAGACUUGGUGGAUUCCGUACUGGCUACGCCUACAUCGAGUGGUCUGAGUACGUGGAACGGUGAGCUUGGUAGCAGUGCUGCGGGCGAGAAUGGUGCUGUCUUGUCGGACACAACGGAUACAUCCGACUUACAGCCCAACCCGACGGCGACGACAGCGGCAGCUAGCAGUGGCGCGGCAUUGGCGGCGUUGUCCUCUGGCAGUUCUCUGUCGCACCCCAUCAACCUUCUCACACCACCGCCCACAGGUGGUACACCGCCAUCAGGUGCUGCUGCUGCUAGUGGUGGGCCAAUGGCUGGGGUGCUGCCCAUGGGUGCAACGACAGUGUCAGUCACUUGGCCUACUAACAACUCUGCGGCCAAUGUGCCUGCAGCCAAACGCACUCUGGGCACCGGGGCCAGCCAGAUCUCACUGCAGCAGCUGUCUCGCAAUGGCCCAGUCUCUGCUGAACUUCCUGGAAUUGGGCAAAUCACCGUCAUGUAUACUCAGCCGAAAUCUGCCUCUGGUUCAUCACUACCGCACCCAGCGUCCACAGGCCCGCAGUUCAAAACCAUCAAGCUAUCAGCUCAGGGGACAGCAGCAACACUGGCGGCUGCUAAAGCGGCUGCCUUGCAAGCGUCUGCCUCAUCAUCGACAGCAGUAGAUGAUGACUCCGAUGAUGAUGACGAAUACUCUGAAGCAAACACCUACGCCAUUUACAAGCCCAUGAAACUGGAGAUUGGUAUUGAACAUCCGGACCCUGUCGUUGAAUCCAGCUCUUUGUCUGGUGUUGUACCACCGGACAUAUGGUACAGUGUACAGCUACCAACAGAGGUGAUCGACACUGGCAAGUUGUCUGCAUUACAGCUGGAGGCUGUCUCCUACGCGUCACAGCAGCACUGGACAAUGUUAGAAAACGACUCGAGAUCUGGUUUUCUUAUCGGUGAUGGUGCUGGUGUUGGAAAGGGCCGAACAAUCGCUGGUAUUAUCUGGGAGAACUACUUGCAGGGACGCCGGAAAGCUAUCUGGUUGAGCGUCUCAUCAGAUCUGCGAAUGGAUGCAAUACGGGACUUGGGUGAUAUUGGAGCAGACAUCAAGGUUCACCAGUUGACGCGGCUGAAGUACACGCGGAACACCACCGAGCCAAUACCGCGAGACAUGCGCAAGGGCGUGAUGUUUGGCACUUACUCAGCGCUGAUCGGAGAGACCACUGGUUCGUCCAACCCUCAGCGUCGCUUGGAUCGCCUCAUUGACUGGUGCACAGCCGACUCAAAGGGAGAAAGUAGUCCGGAGAAAAGAGAAAACUUUGAAGGAGUCCUGGUAUUUGACGAGUGUCACAAAGCGAAAAACCUGCUACCAAAGAAUGCCUCCAAGCCCAGCAAGACUGGUCAGUGUGUGCUGGAGAUUCAGAAGCGCUUGCCGAAAGCUCGUGUGGUCUACUGCAGUGCCACGGGCGCGUCCGAACCGCGUCAUAUGGCCUACAUGACGCGUCUGGGUAUCUGGGGCAAGGGCACGCAAUUCCCCGGCUUCAACGAUUUCCUGAGUGCCGUGGAAAAACGCGGCGUCGGCGGUAUGGAACUUGUUGCCAUGGAUAUGAAGCUCCGUGGCAUGUACGUAGCGCGCCAGCUGAGUUUCAAAGGUUCGAAGUUCGAUAUCGUGGAUGUGCCGCUCGAUCCCAAGUUCAAGAUGAUGUACGACGACUCCGUCCAGCUGUGGGUCAAGGCAAGAAGUAGCUUUCACACGGCGCAACAACUUGCCAGUUUGCCGAGCAGAGAGACCAAGACGAUGUGGGCACAAUUCUGGUCAGCUCAUCAGCGUUUCUUCAAGUACCUGUGUAUCGCGGCAAAGGUGAAGCAUGUUGUUAAUGUAGCUCAGAAGGCAAUUGAACAGAACAAGUGCGUUGUCAUUGGUCUUCAGUCGACAGGGGAAGCAAGAACAUUGGACCAGAUUGAAGGAAAGGAUCGCACAAAACUGGACGACUUCAUCUCCACUGCGAAGGGUGUCGUACAGUCACUCAUCGACAAGCACUUUCCUCGCCUGGACAAGCAAGAAGAGCUUAUGUUUGCAACGGGAAAAGGACAGAAACGGCGGAAUGGAAGCUAUCCCAGCCAGCACCCGGAUGAUUCUCUGGGAGCGCUGGGUGAUUCUCAGACCGAGGAGUCCUCUUGUGCAUCGGAAGUGGACGACAAUGACGAUGAUUACGACGACGACCACAACAACAACACCUACGGUGGUGGCGGUGGGACCAGCAGCUCUGACCUGGACGGCAGUGCCUCGUCCUCGCCUAACCUCUCCCACAAUCGCCGUCAGCAGAGUCAUCGCAGCGUGGGCAGCAAGGCGAAGCGCAAGAAGGGCGCCGGUCCGUCGCGGGAAGAUCUCCUCGAGACGCAGAUGUCCAACCAGGCAGCGCUGGCUGCCCUGGGCGGUAACAGUCACUCGGCAAUGGCGUGGCAAGUCGGCAGUCUGCUCAAGGAGCAUGAGUUGAAGAACAAUGCUUCAAGCAGCGCAGGCACUGCUGCUGUUGCCGCUGGUCGUACUAGCCAGUCCAGUAGCCGUGCCAACAGUCGACCGUGCUCCACACCCUCAACACCAUCACGGGGUGGUGUCAAUGGCAUCGGUGCAUCAGCAACCAGUGGCAUUGCGUCGUCAUCUUCAGGGUGUACUGGCACGUCCAGUGGUGGUCUCUCCUCACGACUGGCUGCUGGUGGCAAAACCAAUGGGAAAAACAAGCAACUGCAGUUACUAGAGAUGAAAGAGGAGUUAUUGGCACACUUGGAGGAGCUGGCACCUCACUUGCCUGUCAACACAUUGGAUGAGCUGAUUCAAGAGCUAGGCGGAUCUGAGCGUGUAGCUGAGAUGACAGGGCGACGUGGUAGAGUUUUGGGUAUGCAAGACGGUCGCAUUAGCUACGAAUAUCGCUCAGCCGAAGAGUCCGUGUCCCUUGAUCAAAUCAACAUCAUGGAAAAGGACAGAUUCAUGCGUGGGGAAAAGCUUGUCGCCAUCAUUUCCGAAGCAGCCAGUUCUGGUAUUUCCAUGCAAGCUGAUCGACGUGUACAGAAUCAACGUCGACGUGUACACAUAACCCUGGAGUUGCCGUGGAGUGCUGAUCGUGCUAUCCAGCAGUUUGGUCGUACACAUCGCUCCAAUCAGACCAGUGCGCCUGAGUACCUGUUUCUUAUUUCUGAGCUGUCUGGUGAGCGUCGGUUUGCGUCUGUUGUUGCCAAGCGUCUGGAAAGCCUGGGUGCUCUAACUCACGGUGAUCGGCGUGCCACUGAAUCACGUGAUCUCAGUCGCUACAACUAUGAUACCAAGUAUGGGCGUACGGCGUUGGAACACGUAAUGCGGAGUGUAAUCUCACGAAGUCCACAACUCAUUCCUGUACCUACCUCAUCAUUCUAUGAUGAUAUCAGUCAUUCACUGGUGGGUGUCGGUAUUCUGCAAGAGAAUUGCAAAGCGCUUGUCGACAGUAAAGACAUGGGCAACCUGUCUCGGUUUCUCAAUCGCAUACUCGGUGUCACCGUAGACCUGCAGAACAUGCUCUUUGCCUACUUUGCCGAUAUGCUGUCGGCUGUCAUUGCCCGGGCCAAGCGCAACGGACGUUACGACGAGGGCAUCUUGGAUGUGGACUUCAAGGAAGCUGAAGUAAACCUUGUGAGCACAGAGAAUUUCCAAGGCUCCACAUCAGUUGGUACCGUGUUUACUGAGCUGCAUACGGUACUUAUUGAGCGCGGUAUGACGUGGGACAGUGCGUGUGAUUUGCUGGAGGGUUGUCAGAACCCUUCCGAAGGCUUCUACCUCUCCAAACGCAGUCAACAGGGUCGUCAGCGUGUGGUAUUGGUCUUGUUCCGUGAUGACGGUACGUCCAAGUCUGACAAGUGUAUUCUCUACCAACCGAACAUUGGGCUGCUACCGAAACAAGAGAAGCUCAGCUCGUUGAUGGAGAAGUACUUUCAGGCAAGUGACAUGGAUAUCGUCAGAAAGUGCUGGCAAGAGCAUUAUGAACAGUCAGCAGUUGGCUGUUCUCAUGCCUUCAUGGGUCGCUGUAAGCGUAAGAUAGUGGGUGAGGACUGUGAGGUCGGUCGUCGCAAGCGUACUUACCACAUCCUCAGUGGCUCUGUGCUUAGUGUGUGGAAUGAGAUGGAGAAGGUAUUGCAACGUCACGCGCCCACCUCGCAGCAGAAGACACAGAUCAUGCGUGUCAAGACUGGCUGUGGCCGUGUCAUCAUCGGCAGUUACAUUCCCAACCCAUGUGUGUCACACCUGCAGACUGUCCUUCGCAAAAUAUCCGAGCUGCACCAGAAGGCAAGUUUGGAUUAGGCCAUUGCGGCAGCAUCUGCUUUUCACAUCCCGGUGGGCAGCUUGACAACAGUAGCAGAUCAUGAUGUCGUCGUGACAUCACCACCGGCAUCAUGGCAUCACCGUGACGUAUUCACCGGCAUCAUGAUGUCACCGUGACGUAAUCACCGGCAGCAUGAUGCCAUUAUGACAUCAUCAUUGGUAUCAUCAUCAUAACAUCGUAGUUCUUGUAGUACUUGCAGUGUGCAGCAACUGGUGGCCAUGCGAAUGGGUUCAGUACCACCAGUGGUUGUGGUAUUGCUUCGACAGUGUAGUACAACUCUCCCUGAGCGUAACCGUAAUAACGACAACCUCUCAACGUCUCCUCCAUACUCCGGUCCUUGUCUUGAACCAACUGGAGACUAGUCAUUGUCUCGUCCAUGCUCCGGCCCUUGUCUUGAACCAACGGCGUCUAUCUAGACAGUUAAACGUCUUGUCUGUUUUCAGUACUACCUGUGUGCGUGUGUGCUCGCCCUUCUCCCUUGUGGUGUCCAUUAGUGCUCGGUCUUGUUCCACCAGUACUCUCAUCGCAGUCUUGCUGUGCUGUCAUCGCAGUCUUGCUGUGUUCUCAUCGCAGUCUUGCUGUGUUCUCAUCGCAGUCUUGCUGUGUUCUCAUCGCAGUCUUGCUGUGUUCUCAUCGCUGUCUUGCUGUGUUCUCAUCGCUGUCAUCCUCGUCGUCUUGUUGGAGUCUUCUUGUGUGUGUGUGUGUGUGUGUGCUUUGGCUCUAUAUUGGACAAGCCCUCCUCUACCCAUUCCUAAGGUGUAGAACUGGAUUGGAACGGUCACGGACAGACUUGCUGACUGACUCUCUGCCCUGCUGACUGACUCUCUGCCCCGGUGACUGACUCUCUGCCCUGGUGACUGACUCUCUGCCCUGGUGACUGACUCUCUGCCCUGGUGACUGACUCUCUGCCCUGGUGACUGACUCUCUGCCCUGGUGACUGACUCUCUGCCCUGGUGACUGACUCUCUGCCCUGGUGACUGACUCUCUGCCCUGGUGAC